AUAAAGAAUCUUCAGAAAAAGGAAAAGAAAAGGAGUUGGAAAACAAAUUGAUAUCAGAAGAAAUAAUAACAGAGGAAGAAGAUGAAAUACCAAAGUUUACACCAGAAGAAAUAGAAAAAUUAGUAAAUUUAGCUAAUAAUUGUAAAUUAAAUGGAAAUGAAUAUUUUUCGAAAUCAAAAUAUGAAGAAGCUAUUAAAGAAUACGAGAAAGCUUUAGAUACUUGUCCUAUUGAAAAAAAGGAUGAAAGGGCGAUUUAUUGGGGAAAUAUUGGAACUUGUUAUGUUAAAUUGGGGAAAUUAAAAGAAGCUGUCGAUGCUUAUAACAAAUAUUCACCUUCAUAUACAAAAGUUUUAUUUCGUCGAGCACAAGCCAAUGAAAAACUUCAUACUCUUACAUCACUAACAUCCGCACUUGAAGAUCGUAAAUCAAUUAAUUCAUCAAUACAACGUUUACCACCAUUAAUUUCUCAACAACAAGAAAAGGAGAAAGAUGAAGUAAUUGGUAAACUUAAAGAUUUAGGUAAUAGAUUUUUAGGAAAUUUUGGAUUAUCAACUGAUAACUUUAAAAUGGUACAAGAUCCUAAUAGUGGUGGAUAUAAUGUUCAAUUUGUUAAUAAUUCUAAUCAAGGAAAUGAUGGUAGUGGUAGUAAUGGGUGA